AUGUCUCCAGCAGCGAUUGCAGUUCCGGUCAAGGCCAACCAGACCACGAAAGUUCCCACGGGUCAACUCAGUGGUGCCUUUCUAGAUCUCGCUCCCAUCGACUAUGGAUUAGAGGCCGAGAAGGAAGGUAAAGACGGAGUGGCACCUGCCAAGUAUCCUCACUAUCUUCCCACUUGGCCAAAUGUGAAAUGGGCACCACUCGAACCAUUCCAUCAUUGCGAUCCAGGCCUAGACACGGACCCCAGCUAUCCAGAGUUACUGGCCACUGGUGUCAAGUCGCUUGACCUCACACCAAGCAUUGGUACAGAGAUACAAGGAAUACAGUUGAGCAAGUUGACUCCAGCCGGAAAAGAUCAGCUCUCAAGAUUUGUGGCUGAACGAAAGGUCGUUGUCUUCCGAGAUCAAGACCUCGCCGACUUACCCAUUGGCGAUGCUGUCAAUUUUGUUCGGUACUUUGGCCGUCCACAUCUCCAUCCGCUCUCAGGAGCACCCAAGGGGCAUCCCGAAGUUCACCUUGUCCACAAAGCCGCAGGGGAUAAGACUGCUGAACAAUUCUUCAAGACCAAGAUCAGUUCCGUCCUUUGGCACACUGAUGUAUCGUACGAGCGCCAGCCUCCGGGAACUACUUUCCUUAUGAUGCUCGAUGGUCCAUCAAGCGGAGGAGACACACUUUACGUGAACACAGCAGAGGCUUAUAACAGGCUCAGCGAAGGAUUCAAAGAGAGGCUUCAUGGAUUGAAGGCCUUGCAUUCGGGAUUCGAUCAAGCCAGUGCCCACCUCCGGAAAGGUGGGAUCAUCCGAAGAGAGCCAAUCAUGAGCGAGCACCCAGUUGUAAGGACACAUCCAGUGACAGGUGAAAAGUCGUUAUACGUCAAUCCGCAGUUCACCAGGAGCAUCGUAGGCUACAAGCAAGAAGAAAGUGACGCCUUGCUGAAAUUCCUAUACGACCAUAUCGCAUACGGCUCCGACUUUCAGAUGCGUGCAAGAUGGGAGGAGAAAACGGUUGUUGUCUGGGACAAUAGAGUCACUUUGCACUCCGCGCUCUUAGACUGGAAGGCCGGAGCUAGAAGACACCUAGCCAGAAUCGCAGCCCAAGCUGAGGCUCCAUUCGAAACACCAUACGUGGGUUGA